AUGGCAAUCGUUGGACAAUAUUUGUUGAAAUUUUUUAAUGGAAAAAUUUCAAGGAUUCAGAGAGCCAAACCGAUAACACUUCAUAUAUCACUUUUAUUUUUUAUUCUCGUGUAUGCGUUUAUUGGUGGGUUAAUAUUCAGUAAACUUGAAAGCGAUGCUCUCGAUAGGCAGCAAAAAGAAAAAAUCACAAUAGAUGGUUGGAAUAAAACGUCGAAUCAGAGUAUGCAAUUAUUGUUGCAAUGUUGGGAAGAGGAAGGAGAUGAGUGGAUUCAAUGGAAUUAUGUCACUUCGACGUUAUAUGGAUUUGGAAUUGUUACAACUCUAGGAUAUAAUCGAAUUGGGCCAAUAACAACAUCAGGCCGAAUGUUUUGCAUUUUCUACGGUAUUUGUGGCAUACCGAUCACGAUGAUUAUCAUCGCAAAUAUUGGUCAAUAUUUGAAUCAAUUCGUUCGAAAUUAUCGCACUAGAAAAAAAAUUGGUGCUUUUUGUAAAUUGCCUAUUGGACCAGCCGAACUUAUUGUUCUUAUUCUCCUCGCUAUUUUCUGUAUUUAUGUUAUCAUAGGAGCCUUAUUGCUUCCAUUACUCAAUGGCAAAAUCGACUUUUUAAACGGAUUAUAUCACAAUUUUCUAUGCUUAACAGCUAUCGAUUUCGGUCAACUUGUCCCACAAAGGAUCAUAUUUUUACCAAUAACAUUCAUUUAUGUUUGCAUUGGCCUCGCAAUAACUACCAUUGCAAUAGAUAUUGGCUCGGAAUAUAUGAGAAAGUUACAUUAUGUUGGAAAAAAGAUGCAAAAUGUGGCUUCAACAACGAUUUGGUUUGGUGGUAAAAGAAUGAACGUGAAAGAUCUAUUACAUGCGGUUGGCAGAAAAUGUGGGAUUGACGAUUCAGUUAUCGACAAUAUUAAUCUGGAAAACGUUGUUGAACGAACAAUUGCAAUGAAUUUGGCAAAGUUUCGUUUUAAACUGAAAAAUUCACUAAAAAAGUUUGCAGUUCCACAGAAAUUCGAAGUAAAAAAGGAAAUAUAUGCGCAUGAUCCAAAUAAACUAUUGCAAACAUAUCAAGAAGAGUGGGAACGGUUUGAACGUAUUUCUUUAAGUCGACGAAAAGAUCAUCGAAAACCAAGAAAUUUAUCAACUCCUGGUUCAUCUUCCAGUCGAUCAUCAUCAAACGAAGGAAUCAGAUUUAGUGAUAGCUUUAAUACAAAUCUUUCAAGAAACUGGAAAUAUUGA